UGGAUGUGGGCGUCUCUCUCAGCGUGGUGACCUGCGGGGAAGUGGAUCCGCACUCUGGUUUUGCAGGGAAGUGGAUCCGCACUCUGGUUUUGGAGCUAAAUAUAGUGGACAUGUCUGCGGAGCCGGUGUAUGACUGUAUUGUGAUCGGGGCCGGGGUGCAGGGCUCCUUCACGGCCUACCACCUGGCCAAGAAGAACCAGAAGACCCUGCUUCUGGAACAGUUUGUGUUGCCGCACUCCAGAGGAAGCUCCCAUGGCCAGACGCGCAUCAUCCGCAAGGCCUACGACGAGUACUUCUACGCCCACAUGCUGGACGAGUGCUACGAGCUGUGGGCUCAGCUGGAGAAGGAGGCUGGCGUCACACUGUAUAGACAAACAGGCCUCCUGGUGAUGGGACCAGAGAACAGCCGGUACUACGAGCUGGUGAAGAGCACCCUGCAGAAGAACAAGGUCCCCAUGGUGGCUCUGACCAGGGAGAACUUCAGUAAACACAUCCCCCAGGUGAAGCUGACCGAGGGUCACGGAGCCGUUGUGGAAGUACCUGCUGGAGUCCUGUACGCUGACCGGGCUCUGAAGACUGCACAGGGCCAGUUUCAGAAGAUGGGUGGGGUCAUACGAGACAGAGAGAUGGUGACGGACAUCAAACCUGGCCCUGUGGUCACCGUGGUCACCUCCACAGGAUCUCAUCGAGCCAGGAGUGUGGUGAUCACUGCCGGACCCUGGGCCAACAGGCUGCUGGCUCACACCGGCUUGGAGCUGCCACUGGAGGUGGCGAAGAUCAACGUCUGCUACUGGAAGGAGAAAGUCCCCGGCUCGUACGACAUUAAGAAGCGUUUCCCGUGCUUCAUACAGACGGAGUGUGAGGAGAGCAAAGAGCACAUCUACGGACUCCCCUCCAACGAGUACCCGGGGUUGAUGAAGAUCUGCUACCACGCCGGCUUCGAGGCGGACCCGGACAAGAGAGACCAGCAGACCAACACGUCUGACAUCGAUAUCCUGCAGCGCUACGUGGCCCGCUGUCUCCCCGGCCUGGAGCCAAAACCUGCUGUGGUGGAGUCUUGCCUGUACACGCUAACACCCGACCGUCACUUUGUGAUGGACUGUCACCCGACCUACAACAACAUUGUGAUCGGAGCAGGAUUCUCAGGUCACGGCUUCAAGUUUGGACCAAUCAUCGGGAAGCUCCUGAGCCAGCUGAGCCUGGGAGAGGUGCCAUCCUACGACCUUUCACCUUUCAGAAUCAGACGCUUCCACAACCAGACCAAGUCCGCGUUAUAGAUCCAGAAUCCUGAGACGUCUUCAUUCAGUCUGACUCUGGUGUCACAUCAUGUUGUCUCUGCUUCCUGCUGUGUCUGAUUGACAGUUUAACUCCUCAGGUGUCCUCUCACCUUCAGCGUGUGCGUAUGAGAUGACGUAAAGUCGGCUUUAAGCAGCUGUUUGAAAUCUUUAAGGUUCAGAUUCUCUCCAGUGAUCUCUUGUCUUGUCUCUGUCUGCUCCCUGAUCUCUCCCUAUAUUGAAAAAUUUCUUCAUUUUAUGAUUCAGUCAGAUUAUAAAUGAUUUAAACCUUUGAUUAGCACGUGUAAGAUUCUAUU